UGUUUUAUCAGCCGGCACGGGGUGUGUGUUCCAGUGUCCAAACGCAGAUAUGAAUGAUACAAGCCAGAAGGAGGCUUACGUUCGGGACGUGCUGAUACCGGGCAUGGUGGCACGCGGACAACUUUCAUUCACCGACCAUCUUCCCGAGGGCGUUACAGUGCAGCUCAAAUCUGUCGAUGUUAAGCCGCUCGUCACGAACGGAUUCAUGCUGACGAUACCGUUCGUGGUGACCGUCGUGCUGGAGCAGAACCCUCAGCACGGGGAAGAUACCAAACCGGAAACACUUCAUCUGAUAGUGAAGAUAACGCCCGACUGCAACGAGGAAAUGUACGCGAGCUGUCAAUUUGAGACACUUUUCGAGAAUGAAAUGGUCGCUUACACGGAAAUCAUACCCAGUCUCGGGAAAGCAGAGCGGUAUCCAAGGUACCAUCACUGCGAGCGGAAACCAAUGGAAGCAGUAAUGGUAAUGAGUGAUUUUUCCUUUUCCGGUUGGAAAAUGGCACCGAUGGUUGUCAACCUGCCGCUAGAUUACAUUAUGCUCGCAGUAACGGAGCUGGGCCGCUUCCAUGGUGAAUGUUACGGCAUGAAGGAGGCACGCCGGCCACAGUUUGACAGCAUCAUUGCGAAGUUUAAGGAAUCUCGCUUUGCCGCCGACAUAUCGGACCUAACGUGGAAGGCGGUCAUGACCGUUGCACCGAAGCGUGCGAUCAAAUCCCUCCGGGAGAGCCGGUUCCAGGGGCUGGUGCCGGACGCGUACCUGGAAAAGCUGGCCCACCUGUACGCGGAUCCGUGGGAGCACGCGAAACGGAAGGUGCUGCCAAGGGAACCGCUGGCCGUCAUUUGCCAUGGUGAUUACCUGCGCAACAACAUGGCGUUCCGGUAUGAAGAUGCGAAGGAUCCCGACAGACCCACGCAAGUGAUGAUGUUUGACUUUCAAACCCUACGCUACGCAUCACCGAUGAUCGAUUAUACCGUCUUCCUUGCCAAUUCAACCGGGUACGCCGAACGGGAGCACCAUUUCGAGACCAUUUUCCAAACCUAUCACCGUGAGCUGGUACAAACGGUAGCGAGAAUCGUCGGCGUGUCGGAUCCGACCGAACUGCCACCGUACUUCAGCUACGACUCGUUUCAUCGCGAGCUGGCCGAAUACUAUUCGUACGGCUUUAACAUUGCGUCCUCGUUCCUGAUGAUACUGCACGAACCGAUGGAGAUAUCGUUCACCGAGAACAUCCUCACCGAGGAAGAGUCCGUGGCGGACGCGUGGACGCGGGGCGGUGAACCACUUAACCGGGAGCUGGCGGCGAUGGUAUACGAAAUGUAUCAGCUGCAUCAAAAGUAUGGGCUUGAUCCGGUGUGA